AUGCCUACUCCCCUACGUAUCAAUGGCCUCACUGCUGCAGAUACUGAAGAUAAGAUUGAGCUCCUGAUCUCCAACCUUGUCAGCAUCAAAGAUACAACUGGUAAAUUUCUGAUGCCAUUGGCUGAUGGCCGGGUCAUUGACACCAAGGGCUGGAAUGACUGGGAGUGGACGCACGGGAUCGGCUUGUAUGGUCUAUACCAAUACCAAUUCCUUCGACCCCUUUCCCGUGCCAGAAGCGUGAUCAAGGAAUGGUUCGAUGGCCGCUUGGCAGAAGGCACAACGAAGAACAUCAAUACAAUGGCUGCUAUGCUAACCCUAGCGUUCGUCUAUGAAGAGGAUCCUCAUGGCGAGGCCCGAGCAUAUCGGCCGUGGCUGGAGCAGUGGGCUGAGUGGGCGAUGCAUGAUCUACCAAGGACGAAAGGUGGUGGGUUCCAGCAUGUUACGUAUGAUCUUCUCAACGAGGACGAGCUCUGGGAUGACACACUCAUGAUGACAGCCUUGCCACUCGCUAAGAUUGGCAUGGUCUUGGGGCGACCUUCAUAUGUGGAGGAGGCGAAAAGGCAAUUCCUGAUCCAUGUGAACUACUUGCAAGAUCGCAAAACAGGUUUGUGGUUCCAUGGUUGGAAAUUUGAUGACGGUGCAGAUCAUGGUGUUGGGCAUAACUUUGCGGACGUUCGAUGGGCAAGAGGCAACGCGUGGAUCACUAUCGCGAUUCCCGAAUUCCUCGAAAUUGCAGAGCUACCUGAAGGAGACGCCUUGAGGAUGUACCUAGUCGAGGUCUUGCGUGCGCAAUGCGCUGCGCUCAAGAAGCAUCAGUUGCCGAAUGGGAUGUGGAACACAGUACUCGACGUUGAAGACGAUCGAAACUAUGAAGAGGCAUCGGCGACUGCUGGAUUUGCGUACGGUCUCUUGAAGGCAGCCAGGCAGCGGCUCAUCGGCAAGGAGUACGUUGAAGUUGCCAUGAAGGCCAUCAAUGCGGUCUUGGACAGAAUUGGCGAGGAUGGUGAGCUCAGUGAUACAAGCUUUGGGACCGCAGUCGGUCAAAGCCUGGAGCACUACUUUGCCAUUCCUCGAACCAGUAUGCCGUAUGGCCAGGCCAUGGCAAUGAUGGCGCUUGUAGAACUUCGGAGGGCUUUCAUUUAG